ACAAGUAUUUAAAGUAAAUACUAAUAAACUAAAUAUUUAAAAAACUUUUUAUUAUAUUUGAUAAAAAAAAACACAUUUAAAUGUGGUUAAGUAACUUAUUUUUUAAAACAAAAAACAAUGAUAGUGAGGACACAACUCAGGGUAGUACGGGACAGAAUAUUAAUGAAAAUAUGAUUAACGAGGAAACAGUUGAAAUUGUAUUAAACAACGAUGAUGAACCAAUAAUUAUAAAUGAUUUGGAAAAACGGGUUGAAGACGUAAAAAAAAUACACGAAAAUAAACAAGAUUUAAAUUUUAACUGCAUUACAGAUAUAAAAACUCACGAAGAAAUAAAUAAUUGUAAGAUAGCAGAAGUUUUAAGAAUUGUACCAAUUAUAGAAAAAAAUCUACAAACACUUACUGACAAAGUAUCUUGUCUAUCUGGCUUACUUGAUACGAAACAGCUGAAUACCAAAAUAGUAACUGACCAAAAUACUAUUCCAAACAAUACUAAUAUAAAUAUUACUUCAAAGUCUGUAAAUGAAAUGGAGAACACGACACCGAAAAAAGAAAAAACAACACUAGGAAAAAUUUCCAAAAAAAGCAAGAAAUUGCCUAAUAACAAAGAAAAAGUAUCGAGUAAAAAAAAUAAAACUAAUAAAAAAGAUAAACCUGAAACAAAUAAUUCCACAAUUAAAGAUCAAAACGAUCAAGUUACAAAUUCUCAAAAUUUACCUGAACGUGUUAAGUCAGAUAAUCAAUUGACCAGUUUAGAUGGGCGAUUAGAAUGCUUUUUUACAAAAAUGCAGUCAGCAUUGGCACAAUUUAAAAUCGAUCAAGUAAAUGAAAAAUCAGAAAUUAUGGUUCAUCUAUCUGGAUUAGAAAAUAAAAUGAACAGAAACGAAACGAACAUAGAUAAAUUAAUGUGCAAAGUGGAACAGUUAAGUAAAAAAAACGAACACGUAAUUAUGGAAAGUAAAUCAAAUAAUUUGGAAAAAGAAAAUAAACAAGAACUACAAAAAAGUAUAGACGAUAUUAAGCUGUGUAUUGAUUACUUAAUACAACCUGAUACACCACGAACUCAACAGUGUAUUACUACAGAUACUCCAAACAUAAAUACAAAUACUAAUAGCUCGUGUAACUCUAAUCGGUGUGUUUGCAAAUUAAUACAUAAUACUAAUGAUGAUAAUUUACAGGUUAUAAAUUCACAUCAUAAUAACAAUCAAGUAAAGUACGGUGAUAUCAUUUUAUGCGAGUUUUUAAGAGCAAAGCUAACUUUUGAAAUGAUUAAACGGAGUGAACAUCAACAAAUAGUACAGAUGAAUCAAUUUUCGAUUCCAAUCGACGGCAAAAAAAAUAGCAAUUUAUCAAUAUGUUUUGAAAAAACAAACCAUCUAAAAAAUGAUUGUGUUCAAGAACAAAAUGUAGAACAAAAAAUUAGCCAAUUAACAAACUUAUGUCCUAAACCAUCCGUCCAUCAUUUUUUUAAAAAUGAGUUUUUAAACGAUACAAAUUUAAACCAACCGAUUUCAAAGAUAUCGCCAUGUGAAAAAAACAAAAUUUGUGAUUUUCUUUCGUCUCAACCAACCCCAGAAUGGAUAAAACGGAGUCAGAAUCUAGUUGUAUCGGAUAAUCCAUGUGGAAAAUGCGCUAAGUUCCCACAAACAAAUUGCAAUUCAAAUAAGCUUUAUAAUAUUGAACGCAUAGAAAAGGAAAAUUGUGACAAUAACAAUACAAAUGGUAGAGUUUACGAAAUUACACAAAAACAAGUUGAUCCAGAAGAAAAUAAUAAUGAUCAUACUAUCAACGAACACCAUGUAGUACCAUGUGGUAAUAGUUUUGAAAAAAAUCCUUGGACCGUAUAAAUAAUAAAUUAUUAUUUGCUAUUCUACCACAAAUAAUAAUAUACUUUUAUAUCAUAAAAGUAAAACAUACAUUAUAAAAUAAUAUACUUAUACAAAUAAUAA